AUGAUUUUCCUACAACUCUGGUGGGCGCUGAUUGUGUUCAGUGGUCAUGGGUCCUCUCAAGAGGCCCCGGCCGCAGGAGAUAAGCCCGCAGCGGAGGGCAGUGACAAGUUGGUGAGCUUCAGCAGGGCAGUGGAGCAGGCUCGCCCAGAGUUGCAAGAGCUCAAGGCUUCUUUCGGUGGCCUACAGGGGCAGGAUAAUCAGAAGCAGCCACGGGAUCGACGUAAUACUAUCGACGACAUGCUGGCCAGUUUUGCCCAGGUCCAAGUUGGUGAACCCAAGCCAGGACCCGAGGAGGCACAGCGAAUACUGCAGGAGGCAGCCGAUGCUUGGUUCCGCGACAUCCAGGCGAGCAUGUGCAAGACCAAUGACAACGAGAAGCGUUCGGGAAGCAAACAGCCAAGAUCCGCCGGCAAGAACUAUAUCGACCAACAUACCAAGGCCAUGGAGCGUACCGAGGUGGGUAAGGUAAAGCAAAAGUACAAGGAUACGGCUGAUGAUACCGUUGUUCGAAAGUACCAUGUGACUAAGACUCCCGCCAAUUCCCCAGACCAUGGGCUAACCCAUUUGGACAUCAAAUUAAAGCAGGUGCAGCAGAUGCUGAGCGAUCAGGAGAAUAUGGAGGCCAAGAAGCAAGAAAAGGCCAAUGACGUCCGUAAGAAGGCCGACGAAUCCAGUUGGGUGGAUAAGUUGCCCGAAUUCGGGGAUAAGCCCAUUCCAGAUGGGGUCUACGAAAGUACCCUUCACCGCUUGACCUUUCCCCAUGCCACGUCAAACAAGUUGGCUCACGAAGCAAACUAUAAGCUCUCUAAGAUUGAGCAGGAGGCCUCUGAGAAGGCCACAAAAUACUCCAGACCUGGAAGCAUCAGUGAAGAGCCUGUAAAACAGCUGAAACGCAGCUCCUGUAGUGGAUUCAAUCCCAUGAAUGAGAUCAAGCUGAAGACCAGCAGUCGAUUGAUGUUGAAAGGUCUUGGUCCCUCCUUGCCUAGUAACGCCUUAAUAGACAUCCAUCGCAACCAAAUGGUGGACAAUAUCUUGCGAAGGAGGGAGCUGGAGCACCAACAGCAGCAGCAACAAAUGGAGUCACCUAGUGAUAACGAAGAAGUGGAUCAGCAAAUGGGAACUAAUAACAUGAUGACACAGAACGAGAACUUGGAGUACAUGCAGCCUGUCAAUUCCGGCAUGGAUACGAGUCAAAUGAUGGAGUUACCCCAGAGUUAUGACUACCGAGUGCCCCAGUACGAUCGAUUUCAUCCUCUGAGUCAGCGACAAAUGACCGGUGUGCGGGAUUACGAAAGGAGUAACCGCAUGCCCCUUGACUUGGAUCGUUUUAAGAGGGAACCUGCUUCAGAAUCUUUGGAUUCCCAAGAAGAUUCUAUUUUAGAUAGCUCAUCCCUUGAAGAUCCUGUACUGAAGUCAUCGUCCCUAAAGGAUGAGGAUCAAAACAUUUCCGAUCACGAUAUGGCUGUAAAAAUGGGUAUACUGAACAUCAAGGAUGGGAGCUCUAAACAUGCGAGCGAAGAUGAUGAAUCCAAAGAUAAGGACACCCAUGAUGAGGUAAACUUUGAGGAUUUGCAUGACGAGGUCAAGCUAGAAGAUGAUGCAUUGAGUAAUUCAGAAAGUAAACUUGAUUCUGAUUUAUCGCCCAUAGAAGGUAAGUUGGAGGAUAAGUCAGAGGUGGAGACCAAGUUUUUAGGGCCAGUGAAACGUGAAAGCAAGGAUAAAGACAGCCUGAUGUCGUCGGUCAAAGAAGGGGCCACACUUAAAGAUGAUACCGCAUCAGCUAAAGAGGUUAAGUUAAAAAAGGAAACGAAUUCAAAAAGAGAGGUGCCACUUCUUUUGGACAGCAGUAGCGAAAUGCAUUCAAAUGGUGAUAGUGUGGUGGCUUCAAACUCGGAAAGACAAGAUAAUCUGGAGAAACGUGAAACCCGUGAUAGCACGGACAAUCAAGAUUCCGAUUGCGAGACGGAGUGCAAGUCGGAGGAGGUGGAAAAGGUGGAUACGGAAGCUGAAAAAGAUGACGGCAUUGUCAAAGUCAACAUAAAGCUGAAGCUUCAGGAACCGGCAGAGGAAAAGGCUGAAUGCGAAGAGACUAAUAAGCUGCAGGCUAAGGAGACGGCGGCAUCGCCGAAAGUUAAUCCUGAUGCGGUGGUCAAGUUGUUGGCGAAUGAAUUAUCCCAGGGAAAGGAUCGCGGGAAACGGCAGGCAAUUACUCGCCGAUUGCGCAGGCAAAACAAAAGAUCAAAAAGAUCUUUGGAUGAUAAUAAACAUGGGUUGCAGGAGCAUCAAAAAGGCCAGAAGUCAGAGGAGCAACAUGUUGUGGCCAAACGCUUGGUUCAUCUCCUGGACGAUUUUGAGGAUCAUAAUGGUAAUCGAGCGGGUUUCGGAAACUUGGGUAAUGGCAUGCUCACAGCAGAUGUCGAGGAUUCCGGAGGAAAAACUUACCCAAGUCAUGAAUCGUUGGUGCACUAUAAUGAACUGGAAGUCAAUCAUGACGGCGAUUCUCUUGCAAAUAUCUACGAUCCAACUAAAGAAGUAGUGCCCAUGAUGAAUCAGCGGCCAAAUGUGCCUUUUCAGGGACAGCAGCAACCACCUUUUCAGAUGCAACAAAAUCAGCCAACUAUGCAGAUGCAACUUCCACUGCAACAAAAUCAGCAACCUCUGCAAUUGCAACUUCCACAGCAACAAAACCAGCAAACUCUGCAAAUGCAGCUUCCUCAUCAGCAGCAGCAACAAACGCAGAUGCAAUUGCACCAGCAGCAGCCGCCUCAGCAACAGCAACAGCAGCAACAGCAAACACCAUCGCCACAGCAGGAACAGCAGCCGCAACAGCAAUCGCAACAGCUAUCGCAACAGCAGCAGCAACAGCUGCAACAAGAUCUAAACCGUCAACGUCAUCAAUCGUCUAAUUUUCAGGCCAGUUUUAAUUUGACUCACUUCUUUAAUGAGUUACAAAAGCUGCAGAAUAUGAAGACACCACAACAGCGUUACAUUCCGCAACAGCAACCAUUGCAACACACGUUGCAGCUACCGAACCAAUUGCCCAUCGAACGAACUAGCCCACAGUUGCCUCUGAAGCCUGUUUCGGCACCCAUAAAAUCCUUUGGAGUCCACCGAUAUUUUGGACCCUUUUUCAACAAGCAACUAAAGACCGAUCCUUUUUUGGCGGCAAUGGGAACAUCGACCACACUUGACCCCAGAUGUGUGUCCAUUACCCCAGGUCCUCCGAGUGUAACCUUGCCACCGAAUUGUACAACUCAGCCUCAGAAUACCGCUGCGCCCACGCAACCCCCAGCUGCCGACCAGCCUAGUCUUACGGAGAAUGUUUGUAACAGUCCGGAUGCCAUGAAACUUAAUGUUUCCAUAAAUGCCAAUGUCUGUGGGGACCCAAAGACCAAACAAUUUUACGGUAAUGGAUCUAUUAGUUUGAUGCCUGCUUUUAAUAGGUUGCAUCCUGCUUCUAAUUCCGAUCUUCGGGAUGUCAAACUUCAUGAUAAUAUUGCGCAAUUGAAGUGUAUUCAAGAUCAUCCUGGGGCAAAGGAAGAAAGAUGCAUUCGCGAAGUGGGGGAGGAGUCUAAAGAUAAUCAUGAUGGUAAAUGGAAAGAAAAACAAAGUAAUGAAAAGCCAGGAAAGCAGGAGGGGCACUUGAAAAGGCCUACCAUAAGAUGGAGCGGAAUGAAGCAGUCAAAUAAGGCUCAACCCAUUAAAGUAAAUCCAGAGGUACAUCCGAAAGUAGAUCCGAAUGCAGCUUCCAAUGAAGCACCAAAGGUGUUCCCAAGACCACGGAUAGAUAUACCUGAUUCUCAAUCAGAUAGCUAUGACAAGCUAAUCACGGGUAAGAUUUCCGAAGAUAUAGUUUCUGCUGUCUUCGAGGCUGUUGGAAAUGACCCGAGCUUGGAUCGGCUGUUGGCUGUUCUGGAGAGGAAUCGCAAGUGUGCCCAGAGGCAGCCCAAGAACUUCUACCAAAUUAGGAACGACAAAAACGAGAAUUAUCUUCAACAGACAGAGGGCAUGGUCCGGGACACAAUGGAGGCCAUUAGUGAUAUUAUCGAUCAGCAGGUACGUAGACGAGCCUGCAUUCCACUACGUCCAGAUCUCCAGGAGUUCUAUGAUCUGAUUAUCAAGACGUCGAAUGAGGAGCAGAAAUGUCGCGAGAAAAGACAGAGUUCCCUUCAAGUUCUGGCCGAGGAUUUUAGCCAGGAUGUGCGCCUGCUUGACCCUAGUAAAAUCAACCAAAAGUCACGGAUCGUCAAAAAGCUCCUUCGCCAGUAUGAAGGUCUUCCGAUGGAGGAUCAACAGGCGGCAGCCGGAGUACGUGAUGAAUUGCUCCUGGAUCUUGUUUACCUUCGAAAACUGGCCGACUCCGCGGAGCGGCAUCAGCGGAAUGUCCGUUUGCAGGAGGUUCUCAAGCAGACAAGUCUGGAUGAGGGCCUCGAGAAACACAUGUCCACUGAAUACUCACCAAGAUUUAUAAAACUCCUAAAGACUGCCGAACUUUUCAAGGAGGCGGGUGAACAGCAGGCUAAGGCAUUUGUGGGUCUUUGAUUUAUAGAUUUCGUAACCGAGUUUUCAUUUAGUUAAUUGUUUUCUUGAUUAUUCCCUGUGGUUUUGAUUAUUUUUAAUAAAUUUCAUUUCGAUUAAA